GCUUGGUGUUGAUCGAGUGUGUCUGAGUUGUCAUUCAUUCGGUGCCUCCUCGUCUGAUCCUUGGAGCUGUUGGAUGCGUCUCAAGUAACGAGUAACUUCCUGGAAAGAGGGUCAUACGAGGAGGAGGUGUUCUCGUACAUCUUGGUAUCUGCAAGCUAUCCGGACAUCAGAAAUUUCGACGGCUUGAUUGCAAUGGAACUAUCGUUUAGCGGGAAACGCGCCGUGGUGACUGGUGCUAGCCAAGGAAUAGGCAAUGUAAUAGCACGAGAACUUGCAAAACGUGGAGCUACAGUAAUAGCUGUUGCCAGAUCUGCUGACAAACUGAAGGAGCUGCAGAAACAGGUACCUAACAUAGUGCCAGUUUGUGUUGACCUGGCUGACUGGAAUGCUACGGAGACAGCACUCUCCAGUGUUGGGCCUGUAGAUCUGCUUGUGAACAAUGCAGCUGUUGCCAUUCUGGAGCCUGUUGGAGAAAUCAAGCCAGAGUCAUUUGAUAUCUCCUUUGCGACAAACGUGAAAGCUGUAAUUAAUGUGUCACAGCUGUGUGCCAAAUCAAUGAAAGAGCGACGUGUAGCUGGUGCAAUUGUCAACAUCUCGAGCCAAGCAGGCAUUGCGGCCCUGGAAAAUCAUGCUGUGUACUGUGCCACUAAAGCAGCUUUGGACCAGCUUACCCGAGUCAUGGCCCUCGAACUCGGGCCACACAAGAUUCGAGUGAACUCUGUGAACCCUACAGUGACUAACACUCCUAUGUCCUUGGUCGGCUGGAGCGAUCCUGUCAAGGCUAGCGCCAUGCGGUCCAAGAUCCCCCUUGGGCGAUUUGCAGAACCUGAAGAGGUCUGUGAUGCAGUUUUGUAUCUGCUGAGUGAUCGCUCUUCAAUGAUUACCGGAACAGUGUUACCAGUAGAUGGUGGCUACACAGCCUGCUGACGCCAGCCUGAACUGAUGUUAUCUCAUAUUAUGCUGCUGGAGUAAAUAUGAGGACACUUUGUGCCAAGGAAGUUGUUUCUGGCCACUACAGUAUUAUGGAAACUUUGGUGCUUGUAACAAUAAAGGAAUUGAUUAAUUCUA